CUGUCAGUUUUGUUUUGGAAAUAGGGCAUCACGUGAGAUGCUGACGUCAUCAGGAAGGAGCGAGAGAAACAUGGCGGCGGAGUCAGCGGUGAAGGUGAUCUAUGAGCACGAGGGGGUCUUCAUUCAUCCGAAUGGCGACGGGGAUGGAACCGAGCCGGACCUCCUGUCGGGCUCCCUCCGGAUCCUCGACAAGGAUGCUGAGAUCGUGGUGGACUUCAGGCCCCUGGAGGACUCGGUGGAUCCAUCCAACAUGCUGUGUGCUGGGAAGGACUCCAGCUCCGUGGUGGAGUGGGCCCAGAACUCCCAGAGUUCCCAGAAUCCUCAGCUGCUAGAGAGCCAGCAGAGCUACGAGACGGAGUGGGACAUGGUGAACACGGUGUCCUUCAAGAAGAGGACGUGUCCCAACGGAGACGGCUCUCUGAACCACAGCCACGAGAGGAGCCGAUGGGGGUUCAGCUUCAGCGUCUCUGAGCUUCGCUCCAUCACGGUGAAGGAGGAGGGCUGGACCUUCCUGGUGCUGCAGCUGAAGGACUCGUCCGUCCCCCUUCCACCUCUGCACUUCCACCAGGGCGGCAGCACCGAGUUCCUGGACAGCCUGCGGAGGUUCGCCCUGCUGACUGAGUCCCCCCACGCUGAGACCUGUCUGAUGGUCAGCACCCCCAACAGGGCCCUGUCCCAGUCCUUCGAAAACCUGCUCGACGACAACAACUUUGGCCUCGUUCACAAGCUGAGGCGAGACCCCUAUGUCACCACCCUGGGCGGCUUCUCCAAAGUCACCAACUACAUCUUUGAUGCUCUGCGGGGGACAGAGGAGCAGCAGCAGCGCCCCCCAGAGGAGGUGGCCUACCUGCGCCCCCCAGAGGAGGGGGCCUACCUGCGCCCCCCAGAGGAGGGGGCGGACCUCCUGGGGGAGGUCAUCCCGGGACUGGAGAUCAACCAGCAGGAGGAACCGGGCUUCGAGGUCAUCACCAGGGUGGACCUAGGACUGAGGCCUCAGGUGACCAGGAAGGACCCUCUGUCUGUGGACGACUGGACCAAACACCAGGAUCCAGUGGGACGCAUGAGGGACGUCCCACAACUGAGACACAACAUCUUCAAGGGGGGGCUGUGCCACGCUGUGAGGAAGGAGGCCUGGAAGUUCCUGUUGGGAUAUUUUCCAUGGGACAGUUCAACAGAGGAAAGGAAAACACUGCAGAGACUGAAGACUGAUGAGUAUUUCAGGAUGAAGCUCCAGUGGAAAUCUGUGAGUGAGGAACAGGAGAAGAGGAACUCAAGGCUGAGGGACUAUAGGAGUCUGAUCGAGAAGGACGUGAACAGAACCGACAGAACCAACCGGUUCUAUGAGGGCAUGGACAACCCGGGCCUGGUUCUCCUCCACGACAUCCUCAUGACCUACUGCAUGUUUGACUUUGACCUGGGGUACGUCCAGGGGAUGAGUGACCUGCUGUCCCCCAUCCUCUACGUCAUGGAGAACGAGGUGGACGCCUUCUGGUGCUUCGUCUCCUUCAUGGACCAGAUGCACCAGAACUUUGAGGAGCAGAUGCAGGGGAUGAAGACCCAGCUGAUCCAGCUCAGUACGCUGCUCAGACUCCUGGACCUGUCCUUCUGGAACUACCUGGAGUCCCAGGACUCCGGGUUCCUCUACUUCUGCUUCCGGUGGCUGUUGAUCAGGUUUAAGAGGGAGCUCAGUUUCCAGGACGUCCUGCGGCUCUGGGAGGUGAUGUGGACCGGACUUCCCUGUCAGAACUUCCAUCUGCUGAUCUGCUGCGCCAUCCUGGACUCGGAGAAGCAGAAGAUCAUGGAGGAAAACUACGGCUUCAACGAGAUCCUCAAGCACAUUAACGAACUCUCAAUGAAACUGGACGUGGAGGAAAUUCUUCAGAAAGCUGAGGGCAUCUGUCUGCAGGUCCAGAACUGUAAGGAUCUGCCUCACUCCAUCAGCUCCAUCUUGGGCUUGGACUCUGAGUCGUGUUCACAGAGGACAGAUGGUGUCUCAGCGUCUCGGGGGGACGUCUGCUCCAACGGACACUUGAGGGACAGCAGCGCUGUCUUUGUGUCCUAGUGGACGUCAGAGACUCACAUGUACAAAGAAUGGAAGAGAAUCCAGAAUCUUAUUUUUAUAAUUUCGUGUACCAUAGCGUGUCUUCAGACCGGAUCAGCUGAUCCCUGCAGCGUGGCGUCUGAUUGGCUCUUAAUCAGGAAGCAGCUGUUCCAGAUGUUUGGGGGGUGAUCAAUGAUCCUGAUUAUGUAAUAUUAAAUUAAAACAUUUAUCUACUUUAUCAA